GGGGCGGGUGGGGAAGGCUUGCAGACAAGAUCUCAAGGUGAGGCUCACGCGCCCGCCCCCGCCCUGGCCCCCGUCACCCACCCGGUCGGCUCGGCUCAACCAUGAUCAAGGCGAUUCUCAUCUUCAACAACCACGGGAAGCCGCGGCUCUCCAAGUUCUACCAGCCCUACAGUGAAGAUACACAACAGCAAAUCAUCAGGGAGACUUUCCAUUUGGUAUCUAAGAGAGAUGAAAAUGUUUGUAAUUUCCUAGAAGGAGGAUUAUUAAUUGGAGGAUCCGACAACAAACUGAUUUAUAGACAUUAUGCAACAUUAUAUUUUGUCUUCUGUGUGGAUUCUUCAGAAAGUGAGCUUGGCAUUUUAGAUCUAAUUCAAGUAUUCGUGGAAACAUUAGACAAGUGUUUUGAAAAUGUCUGUGAACUGGAUUUAAUUUUCCAUGUAGACAAGGUUCACAAUAUUCUUGCAGAAAUGGUUAUGGGGGGAAUGGUAUUGGAGACCAACAUGAAUGAGAUUGUUACACAAAUUGAUGCACAGAAUAAACUGGAGAAAUCUGAGCAAAUAGUUUACACUGGCCUAUUUUGUAUCAGUCAAGAUUUUUCUCAGGCUGGCUUAGCAGGAGCUCCAGCCCGUGCUGUAUCAGCUGUAAAGAAUAUGAAUCUUCCUGAGAUCCCAAGAAAUAUUAACAUUGGUGACAUCAGUAUAAAAGUGCCAAACCUGCCCUCUUUUAAAUAAAAUAUUUAAAAGACCACUCCCAGGUAAAAUCCAGGGGGAAAAGUCAUCUAAGUUUACUAUACAGUUGUUUACCAAAAAUAGAGGAGGAGAGUCUUAACUUUUGCUCUUGGAUUUAAGUCAAGGUACUGUAUAGAAGCUGUGUAAAAUCAGUAUGAAAGUUCAACGUGGCUUUUCUUGCUCAUUGAUUUUAAAGAAAUUGAAUAGUUCCAGUGUGAUUCUUGUUUUUCUUUUCUAAACUGUUCCUGUGCCACUGAAGGCAUGCCUCUGUGUAUUGGCUAAUACAGUAUUUUGAAAAGUGUUUGAGAUAUUUCUUAAAUUAUGUACAACCCAAAAUGUUGUUGUUUUGUAUGGAUCACAAGUGUAGCAUUCCUUAAUUCUUUCUGCUGUUUGUCACAUUUGUUAUUUAAAGAACCAAGUAUGUAUUGCAUGAAAACAUUGUGACAUUUUUCUCUUAGUUUAAAUAAACUCCAAGGUAACUGGAUUUCUGAAGCACCUUUCUGUUUGCCUGAUAUCUCCUUUAGCAAUAAUUUUUCUUAUGACCUUCUGAC